GUACAUCUUAAUUUCGCCACGAAAAAAGGACCAAUUUUCUCUCCGUCGUUACCAUGCGGGCUUGCAAUGUUCUAGCGAUUUUCUCAACCGUCAGCUGUGCCGCAGCCAAAGAUGCGCCUGUCGUUUCUGGGAAUCCUCAAGGCGUCGAAUACACGGCCACUCUGCCCAAAGAACCCUUCUUCCCCAAAGCGGAGCUGGUGGGCAACGUCAAGGGCAACGUUUCGGCAGUGGCAGGUCCUGGUGGCAAGGGCGUCAGAUUCACCGUCCAAUUCGAAAACUUUCCCAAGUCGGGUGGCCCUUUCAUAUAUCACAUCCAUGAGAAGCCAGCCAUCGCCGGCAACUGCACAUCAACUUUGGCGCAUCUAGACCCGUUCGGCCGUGGCGAGACGCCUGCUUGCGAUGACUCCAAGCCCGAGACUUGCCAGGUCGGCGACUUGAGUGGGAAAUACGGCAAAAUCACCUCCGAUCCUUUCUUGGCGGAAUACUUUGACCUCUACACCUCUAUGAAGCCGGACAAUCCGGCCUUCUUUGGCAAUCUGUCGAUCGUGGUCCAUUACGCAAACAAGACGCGUCUGACCUGCGCCAACUUUGCCAAGCUGCAGAAUCCUCACAACAUUACAAAUGUCCUCUCUGCUACUGGCGUUCUUACUCGCACUGGCGUCGUAACUGCUACUGGCGGCCUCACCAUUCCGGCGAGCUUCACUACUGCCUCUACCAGUGAUGCUGUAGGUGCAAGUGCCACAUCAUCUACUGUACCCUUUCUGGGGGCUGCUGCUGGGAACAAAAUCUCAAUCUCUCUGCUGGGUGGCGUUGUUGUCAUAAUGUUACUCUCCCUGUGAGACAUGAAAAUGGGAUCGCCUUGCAUGUACAUGUAGGUAGAGCCUUUGUGCGAUACCCCUAUUCAGGAUGGGAAAGGGACUGGGUUUCUUUAUUUGCUUGUUUUUUCUUCUCAUACACAUUUAAUGAUAGAACAAUGUUUGCUUUAAGCCGGCCCUUAUAGCUAGACAAUACAAAUUUACACACCU